GCAAGCCACACCCCGCGGAGUCGCCGCGCCGCGCGGCUCUCCGAAGGUUUACGCCUCUGCUGGUGUUUGCUCGUCUGUCCAGCGCCCAGGCCUCGGGCGCCGCCGCUGCGGCCGGCGCGUGGGCCGCGAACGCGAGCGCGGACGCCGUCGGGGGCGCCGUGGGCUCGUUCGAAAGCGUCAGGGCCAAGUUCGAGGAGGCCAGCGGCCUGCUGGAGACCGGGCUCGGUGUGAUCCUCGCCGCCGUCGGGGCCGCGCGGGACUUCGCCGGGCACCUCGCGGGCGUCGCCGCGGACUUUCGGCCGCUGGAGCCCGUCUUCGCGUCCCCAGGCGGCAUCGUGCCGCUGAUCGCCAGCGGGGACAACAUGCGCGCCCUGGUGCGGGUGCUUGAGGGCCUCCUGGACUCCUCCGUCCGCGUGCUCGACAUCGGCGACUCCUUGCGGGCCGUCUCCAGCGCGCUCGAGGGCAUGCGGGGAGCGCUGGGGGAGGAGCUGGCCCUGCUGCAAAGCAGGCUGCUGGCGCCCGGGCGGCGGCUGCUCGAGCUCGGGUGGCUGCUGGACGGGUUCUCGUGGGACUCGCUGCAGCUGGGAUGCCUCGCUGCCGCUCAUGGGUGGCCGCGCUCGCUGAUGCGGGACCUGUUCUACGUCACGUCGCACAGUGCGCCAAACAAGUCGUUCGUGGAGGUCGACUCCGCCGACUACAAGGAUGUCAAGAGGAUGGCUCGCGGCAAGCUGCUGCUGGCAAGGUGGCUGCCCACCGUGCUUUGCGACGUGGCGAGCUUUCUCCAAGUUCCCAUGCGCUCGCUCGCUCGAUCUUGGUACAGGCCGAUCGUGCCAAGCAUGUUCACAGCUCAUUAUGUCCUCUCCCACCUGCUCGGCGCGUUGCUGGUGCUCGUCCCCGCGGUAACGCUGCUUGCUUACUUCCUGGUGCUGUUGGCGGUGCUGACGCUGCUGCCGGUUCUGGGCAUGGCGCUGGCGAUGCAGGUGUUCUGGUUCGGCGGCAACUUCAACCACGUCUGGUGCAGCUUCGGGUUCAGCGUCCCCUGCUGCUACCUCGGGUACUGGGACUCCUUCGGCUACUCCUUCGAGAUUGAUGGCAGCGUCGAAGUCUGCGGCUGCAGCGCUGUGUGCACACUUGGGUUCAGUGGCUCCUACGCCGUUGAGUUUCGCAGUGGGUUCGGGCGCGGUGAGUUCGGCGGCAGCUUCAACAUUCUCUGCUGCAGCUUCGGGCGCUGCGGCUCCUUCGGCUGUGAGUUCUGCUGUGACUUUGGGCUCGGUGAGUUCGGUGGCAACUUCUACUUCCCCUGGUGCAGCCUCAGGUUCGGGUGGGGCUCAUAG